CAGACACUUGCAUCACACACUGUCACAUGUAGAUGAGAUAAACAAAGGCAAAAAUCAUCAAAAUACGUCUAAUCGAUGGCAAAUUGAACAUUUUGAUUGGUGAUUUCAACUAAACUUUAGUCUCUCAGCGUUCAUAAUGAACCACAUACUAAGACGCUGCAUCAGCACAGCUUCGGUGGACCUCGGUAAGCACAACUUCCGAAAAUUUCUGUUGUACAACAAGCGCGGCCCGCGGAUCUUCAAGCAGCUACGGGCUGCUUAUCCGGACCUGUACCCUGAUAUGCCGAUCGACAAACGAGGCGUUCGUGAUACUGGGGUCACCCAAAAUGGAAAGUAUAUUGAGAUAGCGGAAAAAAUUCCGGAAAUCGUUGUACCCAACCUGGAAGGAUGUAAGCUCAAGCCGUACGUUUCAUACCGGGCUCCGGAUGUGGUGCAAUCGGAAUUCACUAGUCAGGAUUUAUUUAACGCCGUAUACGCUCAAAAGGUGAUUGAUGAUUUCAAGGGAGGCAAACUGAACGAGGACGGCUCGCCUAAAGAUCCUUCCGAAGAAGAGUUGAUCAGCGCGGAGGAUGCGUGGAUUAGAGCGCGAAAAACAGGUUCGGAUAUUUUUUAAGUCGUGCUUUCAUAAAACGUAGUACAAUCGAAUAAACUUUAU